AUGGCAGUGGUUAUCAGCGAUAAAAUUUUAAUUUUGAACAGGCCAACAUUUGUUCGAAUAUGGAAGAAGAAAUCUGUAGAGCAGUUUUCACCAGUUCCAUACCUUGCCACAUUCAUAAACUGUGGCCUUUGGGUACUCUAUGGAAUACCACUUGUACAUCCACACAGCAUCCUAAUCUUGACCAUAGAUGUGACAGGACUUGCUAUUGAGGUUGUGUACUUGGCGCUAUUUUUGUUGUACUCUGAAACGAAAGAAAGGAUGAAAUUUUUCCUCAUUAUUGUUGGUGAGAUAAUUUUCUUGGCUUCACUUGCCGUACUUGUUCUAACCCUUGUCCAAACACACAAAAAAAGAUCUACUAUUGUGGGUAGCAUUUGCAUGGCGGGCAACAUUUUGAUGUAUGCUUCUCCUCUGGUUGUCAUGAAAUUGGUGAUGAGAAGCAAAAGCGUGGAGUUCAUGCCAUUCUUCCUUUCCCUUUUCUCUUUUCUGAAUGCUGUUAGUUGGACCACUUAUGCCCUCAUUCGUCUGGAUGCCUUCAUUCUUGUGAGUAUUCCUCUCCAUUGCUCCUAUGUUAUAUUCCUCCCCAUAGAUCAAUCUAGUACGGAGUUACUUAUAAACUAGGGGUGUUCAUGGUUUGAUGAAAAAAGAUGAUUCGAAUCGUAAAUCGAUAUUUAUUUGAGUUUGAUUUGGUUUUAAAUUUUGAAAAAUCGAUAAUAUUUUUGUUAGGUUUGAUCACGGUUAGAGCGAGGUGGAAGUUGUACCACUCACUGCAUUAAGCACUACUACAAAAUCAUUUUCCCACUUAAAUUUUCCAUUGAAAAAUGUUCAACGGUUAUUCCCAUGGAUAUUGAGUCAGUGGGGAAAGAAUAUAGUAAUAUUUUCACACGAAAAAAUUAGCAAGUUUCCUAGCCUUUCAAUGAGAACCUGUUUCUGACCGUGUGUCUUCCCGCAAGCUGGUCUGAUGAGAAUGAGGUGGGAAAAUCAUGUUUUAUAAAGACAAAUUUCUCAUUGAAUGUCGCAGGGAAAAAUCUUUGUUUCUAGUAGUGAUGUCUACCCCCUUGGGGUGCAGCUCUUCCCGGACCCUGCUAACGAGAGAUGUUUUGUGCACCGGACUGCCCUUUUUAUUUUAUUUAGUUUGGUUUUACGAAAAACAAACAAAAGAAAUAUUGACCCGAACCGACAAAUAU